ACCAAGAAAAGAACAGAACAAGUAAAUGAAAAUUGAAAAGAAGGAAAGAAUACAUAUAAACCAGAACGAGAAUAUCUCUGCAGAUCUCAUCCAACACAAUUUACAUAUCCAUCCCCCACCUCUUAUUCUUUUUCCAUAAAACCACUCAGUUUUUUUGACCCGACUCGAUCCGACCCGACCCUCACUCCCUUCUUCUCUUUUCCACCAUGGACUUAAUCACCACCAUUGACCUAACCACCACCAACACCACCACCCCAAUUGUGCCACAUCAUCAAAACUACAACUUGAACCCUGAAAACAACCACCACCGCGGUUGAAAUGUCCCCGCCUCCGCCGCAGCAACCACUUUCCAACCUCCUAGGACAGUCACUCAGCCUCAACUUCCCCUCCUUACCGGAUCUCUUCCUCACAGCACUCUCCGUUUGUUUCCUCUUCACAUCCUCAAAGUCCUACCUCACAACCACAAGGUGCCCUUUUCUUUCUUUCCCUCUCAACCCUAACCGAUUCCUCAAAAUCCCCGCCAUGUCCCUCUCCGCAUCAUCUUCCUCCUCCAACAUCAACAAGAACAACAACCGCCACAACUUCGCAUCACCACAGUCCCUCUCUGAAUGGCUCAAACCCCGUUUACCCUCCGAUUCUUUCGCCUCGUGGGGCGUCAAGCCCGGCACCAAGAACGUCCACAACCUCUGGCUCGAACUCGCCCAAGGCGAAACCUCCCUCGCCGAUUCAACCCCUCCGGUUCGAACCGUUCAGGUCGUCACCGUCAAGGUCACUCGCAAAGACGGAAAAUUCCUCGUGGAGUCGCACCAGGAGCUUUCGGACGGUAACGUGAGGCAGCGUGGUAGGCCCUUGUCGGAGAAGAUGAAGCCCAAUGAGGACCCGGAAUCCGCCGCCGUGAGGGCCAUCAGGGAAGAGCUUGGCUCCGUCGUUGGUGGUGUCGGGUCGGAGCCCGAGUCCGGUUUUGAGGUGAGUGACAUCGUGACCAUUGAUCCGAAAUCGUAUGAGAUGAGGGUGGAGGAGCGCAAUUCGGAUUCGUAUCCGGGUUUGCCCGGUUGCUACGUUUUGCAUACCUUGAAUGCCACUGUUGAGGGCUUGCCCGAUGGUGAUUUUUGCACGUACGAGGUCGAUGAGUACGGCGAUUUUGACGAGAAGAAUGUUGCAGACAAGGCUCUCUCUGUCAAGAAGCAUUAUUGGAUUUGGGUUAGUGCUGAUUCUGUGAUAUUUUGAUAUGUAGAAAGUUAUUAUACAUAUGAAUAUUGACACCAACAGUUUUUGUACUUGUAAUAUCAUUUUGAGGUUUUGGCCUUGGGAUAGAUAUUAAGGUGGGACAAUUAUUAUUUUUCUUUGUUUGAGUUUUACAGAUAGAGAGUCAAGCUGGUAUUUCUAGUUGAUGUUAAUAACGUGUAUAGAGUUUGCUAUUUUCUGUGUAAUUAUAUUGCAUUAACUUGUAAA